GCCACCGCCCAGAAUCGCCAUUGCUCCUCGCAGCUCGGUCCUUUACCCACCCGACUUUAUCAAAUCAAGAUGAAAACGUUAUUUUUGUUGCUUCUCUUCUGUCACGUUUCAUCAGCAGUGAAACACUCAAUGAUGAUUUUUAUAACUGGAUCCAGUGGAGUCCCAAACUUAUCAGAGUUUGUAGGAUCUCUAGAAGUUGACGGAAGCCUGGUCGGUUACUGCGACAGCAACAAGAAGAUAUUAGAACCAAAACAGGACUGGGUGAAAAAAGUCUUUGAAGAUGAUCCUCAGUACUUUGAGUGGGCCACUCAGGAGUGUUUUGAGAAUGGGCCAAACAUAUUCAAAAUGUGGAUUAAUAAUUUGAAGCAGCACCUCAACCAAAGUGAAGGUGUCCACCUUUUACAGGAGAUGUUAGGAUGUGAGUGGGAUGAUGAGACUGGAGAGGUUAAUGGUUUUAAUCAGUUUGGUUAUAAUGGAGAAGACUUCAUAUCUCUUGACCUCAAGACAUUGACAUGGAUCGCUCUGAAACCUCAGGCCGUCACCACCGCACUGGAAUGGGAUGCUGACAAAAUUGGAAUAGAAUAUGUUAAGAAAACAACCACUGAGAUUUUCCCUGGGUUCCUGAAGAAGUAUGUGGACUAUGGCAACAGCUCUCUGCAGAGAAAAGACCGUCCCUCAGUGUCUCUCCUCCAGAAGACUCCCUCCUCUCCAGUCACCUGCCACGCUACAGGUUUCUACCCUGACAGUGCCUUGAUGUUCUGGAGGAAAGAUAGGGAGGAGAUUCAUGAGGACGUGGACCACGGAGAGAUCCUCCCCAACCACGAUGAAUCCUUCCAGAUGAGUGUUGACCUGAACCUUUCAUCAGUCCCACCUGAAGACUGGAGGAGGUACGAUUGUUUGUUUCAGCUCUCUGGUGUGAAGAACGACAUCGUCACCAAACUGGACAAAGCAGAGAUCAGAACCAACUGGGUUUCUCCCUCAGAGUUUCCUGCUGGUGCUGUUAUUGGAGUUGUUGUAGGACUGCUGCUGCUGGCACUCUGCAUCACUGGACUCUUCAUCUGGAGAAGGAACAAAAAUGGAUUCAGACCUGCAUACACUUCAGACUCUUCAGCAUCGCUGUCGCACAGAAAUUCAGCUCCCAACUGAUCACAGUUCCCACUGAAGAUACAAGAGAACUCCAAUGAUGUUACUGUGGCAUCCAAACCAUUCUUUCUUUUCCAGAGAGCACUUUAUUCUCAUUUACAGAAGACAUAUUUAUUUAGGAAAAUAUUUGUAACAUUGAGAUGAGAAGUCAUAGACCCUGUCAGAACAUCACAGGUUAAAGUAUGAAUUCCUUUACUCACCAAAGAAGAUUAUUUAGGUGUCAGUCAGAGCUGACAGAAGCAUUACUGUCGAGAAAAUCCUCCAGGAGUAAAAACAUCUGGAGUGAUGCUGCUGUCCAGCUACCAAAAAGGAGGUCCUGGACCUUAUCUAGUUUAGAUUGUAAGGCACUAGUUAUCUUUCUUUGUUGAUUAGUAGUAAGUUUCAUGUUUCUACUUUUGAAGCACACUAAUGAAAACUCUGCACUAAACCCUGUUAUAAAAUAUUGUCCCUCUAUUGUGUCAGAAAAUCAAACAAUAAAAUCUUAGUCCUCAUAUAUAAAUCAGCACUAAUGGCUUAGCCCCAACAUGUAUCACUGAGCUGCUUCUACAAUAUGAAACUGCUGGGCCUCUGAGAUCUUGUGGAACUGCUUUUUAAAUUCUGAAAAAUCAUUUAUCUAGCUAUAUUUAGCUGCUGUUACAUUUUAUAUAUUUUAUUGCUGUUAACUGUUUUUAGGUUAUUUUCUGAAAUACUGAACCUUUACAUCCUUUCUGUUAAUCCAUAUAUAAUUAUGGUUACCACAAACUAAUAAAAGUGUGAUGGAAACUGAA